AUGCUCCCCUCCCCCGUGGCCAUCCACGCCGCCCACUCCCUAAUCAAUCCCUACAUCCACCAUACCCCCCUCCUAACCUCCCGCACCCUCAACACCAUCGCCUCAACCCCUCAAUCUCCCGAGUCACUGGCUGGAACACCCUUCGAAGGCCAGGACCCAUCCCACCCACGCCUGCGCUUCUUCUUCAAAUGCGAGAAUUACCAACGCAUCGGCGCGUUCAAGGCGCGCGGGGCAUUCCAUGCAUUACUGCGGCUUGUCGAGGAGCGCGGGGAGGAGUGGGUUAAGAGGAGGGGUGUUAUUACACACAGCUCUGGAAACCACGCCCAAGCCCUCGCCCUCGCCGCCUCGACGCUGAAUAUUCCCGCAUACAUCGUCAUGCCUCGUAUCAGCACUUCCUCCAAAAUCGCCGGGACACAAUCGCACGGCGCAGAGGUUAUUUUCAGCGGAUCGACCAGCGUUGAGCGCGAAGCUGUCGUGGCCGACAUCCAAGGCAGAACGAAUGCGAUUCUCGUGCCGCCGUAUGACGACUAUAACAUUAUCUGUGGACAGGGGACGACGGGAUUGGAGCUUGAGGGGCAAUAUUGGGAGACUGUGAGGGAGGAGCCGGGUCUUAGUGCUCAUGCUGGCAAUGGCGGGGGCCUUGACGCUGUGAUCACGCCUAUUGGCGGCGGUGGUUUGAACGCCGGCGUAGCGACGUUCUUCUCGGACAAAUCGACGCGGGUUUUUGGCGCUGAGCCGAAUUUCGAAGGUGCGGAUGAUUGUCGUCGUGGGUUGGAAGCCAGAGAACAUGUUCCGGCUGUUAGUACGUUGACGAUAGCUGAUGGACUGCGUACGCCGGUUGGUUUGCUGAAUUGGGCUAUCAUCUCGAAUCCGAGUAAGGUAGCUGGUGUCUACGCUGUGACGGAGGAGCAGAUCAAGGCUGCUAUGCGGCUUGUGCUGGAACGCAUGAAGGUUGUUGUUGAGCCGAGUGCGGUUGUGGGAUUGGCUGUGUGUUUGUAUAACGAGGAUUUCCGACGACGGGUUGUCACGGAAGCUGGAGAGGAGGGAUGGGAUAUUGGAAUUGUAUUCAGUGGUGGAAACACAACCGUGGAGGCCAUUGGAAAGUUGUACAGUUAG